AUAGACAGCGCUGACUGAACGGACAGAGAGCUUUGUGCCGAAAAACUAAGCCCAACCUGAAUCAGACCAAUGAAUUAAAACGGCCCAGGUGUUUAAAAUACUCCGUGGGGCAAGUUGUUGAGAGAGAGGAGGGCUCAGGGCGACGGUAGCAGCCCUGCCUCGCCUGUAAACUAGCGGUAGUACGGAGCGAUGCUGGGAAGUUGAAAAAGACCUUCACAAAGGCCAGUAGAGACCGUGUGGACUGAGCAUCAACAAGCAUGGAGUUCGCGCAACAGCAGAAACCCACGGGGGACGGGAAAGUAGUCUAUCCUCCGGGAGUGAAAGAGAUUACGGAUAAAAUCAGCAAUGACGAGGUGGUGAAGAGAUUGAAGAUGGUUGUGAAAACCUACAUGGACAUGGAUCAGGACUCAGAAGAGGAAAAGCAGCAGUACCUUGGCCUGGCGCUCCACCUCGCCUCCGAGUUCUUCCUAAGGAACCCAAAUAAAGAUGUCCGGCUGCUGGUGGCCUGCUGCCUCGCUGAUAUCUUCAGAAUUUACGCUCCCGAGGCUCCUUACACCUCCCACGACAAACUCAAGGACAUCUUUCUCUUCAUUACCAGACAGCUGAAGGGACUAGAAGACACCAAGAGUCCUCAGUUUAACCGUUAUUUCUACCUGCUGGAGAACCUUGCAUGGGUGAAGUCAUACAACAUCUGCUUUGAACUGGAGGACUGUAAUGAGAUCUUCAUCCAGCUCUUCAAAACGCUGUUCUCCGUCAUCAAUAACAGCCACAAUCAGAAGGUGCAGAUGCACAUGAUGGACCUGAUGAGUUCUAUCAUCACGGAGGGAGACGGAGUCACACAGGAGUUGCUGGAUACAAUCCUCAUCAACCUCAUCCCUGCACACAAAAAUCUGAACAAGCAAGCAUACGAUCUGGCUAAGACCUUGCUGAAGAGGACGGUCCAGACCAUUGAGACGUGCAUUGCAAACUUUUUCAAUCAGGUUUUAGUGAUGGGAAAGUCAUCAGUCAGUGAUCUUUCAGAGCACGUCUUUGACCUCAUCCAGGAACUGUUUGCCAUUGACCCCAUGCUGCUGACCUCAGUCAUGCCCCAGCUGGAGUUCAAACUUAAGAGUAAUGAUGGCGAGGAGCGUUUGGCAGUUGUCCGGCUGCUAGCGAAACUCUUUGGGGCUAAAGACUCUGAGCUGGCCUCUCAGAACCGACCGCUGUGGCAGUGUUUCUUGGGACGGUUUAAUGACAUUCACGUACCUGUCAGACUAGAGUGUGUAAAAUUUGCAAGUCACUGCCUCAUGAACCACCCAGACCUGGCAAGAGACCUGACAGAGUACCUGAAAGUGCGUUCUCACGAUCCAGAGGAGGCCAUCCGCCAUGACGUCAUCGUCACCAUCAUCAAUGCUGGAAAGAAAGACCUCAACCUGGUCAACGACCAGCUCUUGGGUUUUGUUCGGGAAAGGACGCUUGACAAGAGGUGGCGUGUGCGUAAGGAGGCCAUGAUGGGUCUUGCUCAGCUCUUUAAGAAGUACUGUUUGCACCAUGAAGCUGGAAAGGAAUCGGCUAUGAAGAUCAGCUGGAUCAAAGACAAACUUUUGCACAUCUACUAUCAGAACAGCAUCGAUGACAAGUUAUUAGUAGAGAAGAUCUUUGCCCAGUACAUGGUACCACACAGUCUUGAUACAGAGGAGAAGAUGAAAUGUCUAUACUACCUGUAUGCCUGCCUGGACACGAAUGCCGUCAAGGCUUUGAAUGAGAUGUGGAAGUGUCAGAACAUGCUUCGAAGUCUUGUCAAAGAGCUGCUUGACCUACACAAGCUGCCAGUGUCUGAGGCCAACAAUACAUUAAUGUCAGCAAAGCUUAUGGGCAUUGCGAAAAACCUGCCAGAUGCUGGAAAGGCUCAGGACUUCAUGAAGAAGUUCAAUCAAGUGCUGACGGAGGAUGAGAAGCUGCGAGUCCAGCUGGAGGUGCUCAUCAGCCCAACCUGCUCCUGCAAACAGGCAGAGAUCUGUGUGAGAGAGAUCACCCGGAAGUUGACAUUUCCAAAACAACCGACCAAUCCUUUUCUGGAGAUGGUCAAGUUCCUGCUGGAGCGGAUCGCUCCUGUUCACAUCGACUCUGAGGCCAUCAGUGCUUUGGUAAAGCUGCUGAACAGGUCUAUUGAGGGAACAGCUGAUGAUGACGAGGAAGGCGUCACUCCCGAUACAGCUAUCCGCUCUGGACUGGAGUUGCUCAAGGUCUUGUCGUUCACACAUCCCACGGCGUUCCACUCAGCUGAGACCUACGAGUCUCUUCUCCAGUGCUUAAAGAUGGAGGACGACAAAGUUGCAGAAGCAGCCAUCCAGAUUUUCAGAAACACCGGGCAGAAGAUAGAGAGCGAGUUACAACAGAUACGAUCGACACUUAUUCCAAUCCUGCAUCAGAAAGCCAAACGCGGUACGCCUCACCAGGCCAAGCAGGCGGUCCACUGUAUUCACUCCAUCUUUAACAAUAAAGAAGUACAGCUGGCACAAAUCUUUGAGCCUCUGUCGCGGAGUCUCAACGCAGACGUUCCAGAGCAGCUCAUCACCCCGCUGGUGUCUCUGGGUCACAUAUCCAUGCUGGCCCCCGAUCAGUUCGCCUCCCCCAUGAAAUCCAUCGUGGCUAACUUCAUCGUCAAAGACCUGCUUAUGAAUGACAGGAUGGCGGGGAACAAGAACGGGAAGCUGUGGACCAGUGAUGAAGAGGUAUCUGCUGAAGUUCUAGCGAAGGUUCAAGCUAUCAAGCUUUUGGUGCGAUGGUUACUAGGAAUGAAGAACAACCAAUCGAAGUCAGCGAACUCCACUUUACGCCUGCUGUCAGCCAUGCUGGUCAGUGAGGGAGACCUUACAGAGCAGAAGAAGAUCAGUAACUCCGACAUGUCCCGCCUGAGGCUGGCCGCCGGUGCAGCCAUCAUGAAGUUGGCACAGGAGCCAUGUUACCAUGACAUCAUCACGCCAGAGCAGUUUCAGCUCUGUGGACUCGUCAUCAAUGACGAGUGCUACCAGGUUCGUCAGAUUUUUGCACAGAAGCUCCACUUGGCUCUGGUCAAGCUGUUGCUGCCUCUGGAGUAUUUGGCCGUCUUCGCUCUGUGUGCCAAGGACCCGGUGAAGGAGCGACGCGCCCACGCCCGACAGUGCCUCCUCAAAAACAUCUCCGUUCGCAGAGAGUACAUCAAACAAAACCCACUCGCUCAGGAAAAACUUAUUUCUCUUCUUCCUGAGUAUGUCGUUCCUUUUAUGAUCCAUCUUCUGGCCCAUGACCCAGACUUCACAAAACCACACGAAUACGAACAGCUAAAGGACGUCAAAGAGUGCCUGUGGUUCAUGUUAGAAGUGCUGAUGACCAAAAAUGAGAACAACAGUCACGCCUUUCUAAGAAAAAUGGCGGAGAACAUCAAACAGACCAAGGAUGCCCAGUGUCCAGACGAUGCGAAGGCCAAUGAGAAACUGUACAUCGUCUGUGACGUAGCUCUAUUUGUGAUCGCUAAUAAGAGCACAGCGUGUCACUUGGACUGCCAGAAAGAGCCCGUCCUUCCAGGAAAGUUCUUCCUCAUACAGGACAAGGAUUUCAAAAACGAUAAGGAGUACCUGACUGCAGAGAUGAGACAAAUGCUGCUCACUGGGAAGCCUAAACCCGCUCCUGUUUUGGGAGCUGUGAACAAACCCCUGACGGUUCCAGGUCGGAGGAUCUUGACAAAAACCACAACCGUUGCAGACACGACUACCAACACCAGCAGCAACUCGUCUCCUCUGGCCUCCACCAUCAACAAGAACAGUAACAGCAGUGUCCCUCCCGAGUCGCCUGAGAGCCGAGUGCAAGAAAACAACGAGAACCCAGUAAUCGAGAAUGAAGAAGUGAAGAAGGCAGAACAGAGUCAGAAAGGAACUCCUCAAGCAGGAACAGAAGGAACACCAGUCAAACGACGCGGUCGACCUCCAAAGUCUGCAGCCUCUGCUCCAGCGGUGAAUGAAAAGGAGGCGGCGGUGGUGGUGGUGGCGCCGGCCGGAGCUGGCAGAGGCAGAAAGAGAGCGGCAGACUCCAACUCCUCCACAGAGUCCAUCAACAUCAAGAUGUCCAAACAGCAGCAGAUUGACCUGCAGAGGUAAAGAGGACCUCACGACAACCACAAAAAAGAAAUCAUGACUCUGGAGAAUGGGCCAGAAUCUUCCUUUGUACCUUCUCACCUCUUAAAGCUUUCCUAAAGAUAUUAUGGACCUUUCUAAAAAAAAAAAAAAAAAAA